GUCAAUACUUUAACGCGUUUUCGCUUACGUGCAUCGCGCUUGGUUUAAUGCAUGACGUAUUACGUGGGGUCAUUGAUCUUAUUAACUUUUACUUUCGAUCAACAUAACUAACUAACUAUAACAAAACUGUAACUUAAACCCUAAACAACCAGCCAUUUCUUGAGGUUGAGGUUAUAGAAAUGAGUCCAUCGCGAUGCGCUAUAAGCCACUGCCUCAAAUACCCCGUAUCUCUUCGCUCAUUCGAUGGUGCAUCUGAUAAUUUAGCCCGGCAUACUCGGUUGUUGUUACCGCCGAGGAGCUCAAGGGCUUAUUCUUCCCAGCAUGAUGACGAUCCGAGGCUGAAAGACCUUGGAAAACAGAUAUAUGAUGACUAUGCCACCAUAAGAGAACAUUACGCUACUCCUAAAUACCCGGUAGUCCUCGCGCAUGGCUUACUAGGCUUCGCCGAACUUCGGCUUGCUGGAGGAUGGCUCCCUGGCAUUCAUUAUUGGCGCGGCAUCACAGACGCAUUGAGAGCUAAUGGGGUUGAAGUCAUAACGGCAACUGUGCCUCCAUCCGGAAGUAUCGAGCAAAGAGCUGAGAAGCUAGCUCAUAGUAUUGCCGAUGUUGCGCGGGAUAGGAGCGUGAAUAUUAUUGCUCACUCUAUGGGCGGACUCGAUGCCAGAUACAUGAUUUCUCACCUCCAACCUAAGAAUGUAGAUGUGAAAUCUCUAGUCACCGUCGCUACUCCUCACCGAGGGAGCGCUUUUGCGGAUCAUGUAUUCAAAGAGAUCGGCGCCGACAGACUUCCAAGCAUAUAUCAACUUGUUCAAGGCGUAGGCAUGGAUACAGGCGCAUUCGAGCAACUCACACCAGCAUAUAUGACAGAAAGUUUCAACCCACGGACCCCAGAUGACCCAAGCGUUCGCUACUUCUCGUACGGGGCCAUGAUGGAUCGGCCUCCUCUUCUUUCCCCUUUCCGUCAUUCCCAUAAUAUCAUUAGUAAUGUAGAGGGACCUAAUGAUGGUCUCGUCAGUGUAUCAAGUUCGAAGUGGGGUUCAUACAAGGGAACUCUAGUAGGUGUCAGUCACCUUGAUUUAAUCAACUGGACAAACCACCUAAGAUGGACCUUAUCAAGGUGGAUGGGUCACGGACCAAAUUUCAACGCUGUAGCAUUUUAUCUUGAUAUAGUUGAUAUGCUCUCAAAAGAGGACUUAUAGUUCCGAAGUCUAGAUUAAGAGCUUUAUAUCCUUACGCGAAGUUUCCUGGUUAUAGAGUUGGUCGGAAUAAUUUUCUCCCAACAACCGAAAGUUAAUACCAAUACUCUAUAUUUCAGGUAGUUGUAU